UGGAUUUUGGAGAUUUCUGGUCGGGCUCGGAGUCCUCUGAGCCUGUACGUGCAAUACUCUCUCUCUUACCCGCGAACUCUAAGGAGAGCAGAUGUUCUUUAGAGAAUGCAGCACUAUAGUUCGCAUAGUCGUUGACCCUUUAUAUAGCGGUGAAUGUGACUCUAAAAUGCCUCAACUUGAAGACGUCUUACUGAACACUGAGGCAAUGACAGAACAUGUUCACUGAUUGAAGGACAGAGUUGGACAUUUGGUUGAUCAGAAAGGACUGAAAAUAUAAGAGGAAUACUAAAUAGAGAGGUGGGCAAACACGGACCCCUGGAUGUACAAGAAGAGGUGGAAUCAAGUGCCCAGGAGGAGCAACAAUCCCAUGUCCACCGGUCACACCCGCCGUCAGCCCUUUAUCUUGAUCAGCAAUGGAAUGUGACGCAUUCAUAUUCAUAUCAGUUCAGACCGUAGAUUGAAUUUUAGAAGGUUACAAUGGCGUCAAAACUAUUGUCUUCAGAGCAAAUGAACUUUACACGUGCAGGAAUAGUUUGCUUGGAUGUGAUAAAGUUAAUAUUAAAAGACAUUUUAAACCUUCAUAUAAAGCCAAGGGAUAUGUACUGUAUGAUAAUAAAGACUAAUACCAAUGGUGUAUUGAAUCGACAUCAGUUGGAGCUAUGUACGAAAACCCCUAACCCUGACUACGACACGUUUGACGUUUCCUUGCUUUAUCGGCUGAUACGUACAUUCGGCGCUUUAGGUUUUAAGGAUUUAAAGCCUACACAAGGAUGGGGAAUAGUGCCUUCCCAACAGCAUACAGAAAUUGGUGACGACAUCGAGCGUCUCAGGAUCUUUAGGAAUGAGUCCUUUGCCCAUUUGCGUUCUUCUUCUAUUCCAGAUUCAACUUUCAGAACACAAUCGCAAAAUUUAAAAAUUGCAAUAGGGCGAAUCCAAAUGUUUAUGACGGCACAGGGAUUGCGUGUGAACUAUAAGAAACAACUUGACGAUGCACUGAAAUUUCAGUUUGAUAUUGAUGAUAUGGAAAAACUUAAAAUAGAACUUGAAACAUUGUUGACAGUAAUGAAUAAGGAAAAGAAAGUUCCAAAAAUGCGUGGAUGCCUGUCAUGUCUAAGAUGUAAAGGUUCUGAAGAUCUACAGAGAAAGUUUUAUCGUGAGCAGGGAUCCACUGUAAGACAUGCACUUCUUAUGUCCAAUAUAGAGAAACAACGAGGACUGCUUGCCAAACUCAAAACGGAAUUGACAAAUCUAGGUGAUUUAAACACCAGUGAGAUUGAUGGUUCAGAAUCUGUUAAGGAUCUGCUAUGCUGUUUACUACAGAAGAAACUCAUAUCCAAUAGCAACGUCAUAUACCUUCAGCAUCUGUUCAGAAGAACGGGCUCCAAAGAGUUGAACCAAAAAUGCAUAGAAUAUGCAGAAGGAAUGAACGCCUUGUGUUUCUAUGAGAAGCACGUCGGAAGAGGAUAUGAUCAAGCAGAAUUCCAUAUAGUUGGUGAUACAGCCGACUUCGAUAGGGAUUAUCUGAAUGAUAUCAGAGACACAGUAGCAUCGAUGCUAGAAUGCCAAGCGAAUGAGAUUUUCAUUAAUGGUGUGAAAGCCGCCAAUAGUUUCAUUCUAAGCAUUGCCAUUAAAACGAGGUACAUCGAAAAGCUCCUUAACUUGGAUCCAGAUAUUAAGGCCUCACUAUACAGGCUGCAUAUCGAUUAUUUCAAAGUCGAAGAUCACAAAAUCUUCACAGAUCUUUCAGACGCCUCACAGAUAGACAGUGUAACCAUUCAUAAUGCUAGUGAAAUUUCACAUAUCUCUUUUAUAACGCGAGGAGAACUGUGGGUGAGUGAUUUUGACACUCUACUAAAAGUGGACUCCACCGGAAACAUAUUGAAUGACGAAUAUAAAGUUAGAUGCUAUCCUUUAGGGAGUCACACCGUCACAAUGGAUUUGGACCUCCUGUUUGUAUAUGACAAUGGAGUCCAUAAACUAUCAUCAGACGGGGUUAUCACCACACUCUUCAUUACCCCAAAAGCACACUGUAUCCACUCCUCCCGCUUCAAUGGCAACAUACUGGUGGGGAGCUAUGAUGAAGUGACGAGGUACAACGAUAUAGGACGGAAACUCCAGGUCAUUGAGAAGGACGAUAGAGGACGAAGCCUUUAUACAGCACCAAUCUACAUCACGGAAAACAAGAACGGAGACAUUUGGACAUCCGACAAGAUUAAGGGAGCAGUGGUAGUGGUGGAUAAAUCAGGGGGGUAUCGAUUUGAUUACACAGGUUGUCAGUCUCACUUUGUUCCCCAUGGCAUCUGUACUGACGUCCUCGGACAAGUACUUGUGUGUGAUGUGUAUAAUCACAGUGUCAAUAUCCUGGAUCAGGACGGUCAGUUCCUGUCUCUACUUCUGACACGAGAACAACAUGGAGUACAUCGUCCCACGGCUCUGUGUGUGGACGACGAACACAACCUCUAUCUGGGACAAGAGUUUAGUAACUCGAUAAAUGUGUACAAAUAUCUAAAGGAUACAAACGUCAACCAUGGUACAGGCCACGUGUAUUACCCUAAUAACAUGGCGCUCCGUGCACCUAAAAUCCCUCAUUUAGCGUGGGUCUAGAACAAAGUCGGCGCCUUUGAAGUUGCAAUUUCUACGAUAACAUUAAAUUUGAAAGAUCUCCGUGUAACACGUUGUGUUAACUUCAAACUUUGUGUUAACUUCAAACUUAUUGUGCGACUACAUAUCCCAGAAGUUGUGUAAAUCAAAUAUGGAUUCUACAAAAGUCUAAAGAACUUUUAGCCAACUUGAAAUCGCAAAACUUUUCUCAGAUCAACAACAUGAAAACCUAUGAUUGUUCAACACUUUUCGCGAUCAUUCCUCACGAUAAAUUAAAGACUAGACUUUUUGAAAUUAUAGACAGUUGCUUCUUCAACAAAAAUGGAAAACCAAAAUAUUCAUAUCUAGUGAUCAGUCGUCCUAAAAAUUACUUUGUUAAACGCCACUCUGAUUCCACGCACAAGUAUUCUGAAGUUGAAAUAAAAAAUAUGCUAAAG